UAGAAUAAAUAUCCAGCCGGGGUCAGGGUCUGUAGUUGAAGCCUCAGCAGCCAGUGUAGCGAUUGACAUGUCCACCCGACUCCUGUCCGUCACCGUCCUCCUGCUCACAGUGUGUCUGUGCUUCCAGGCUUCUGCAGGCAGCCGGCGUUUCCCCACCAAAGGCAAAGUUCCACUGUGCUGCACCAGGGUCUCCUCUGCCGACAUCAGUGCAGAUAUAAUCGGGAAGUACACCAUCCAAAAGGCCCGAGGAGAAUGUGUGGAGGCUAUAAUUUUCCGCACAGCCGAGGAAAAGGUCUGUGUCGACCCCAAAGCCAAAUGGGUUCAGAGAGUCAUUGCAGAUACACACCACGAAAACAAGAUCCACAUGCAGUCUAAAUUUGGCACCAAUUACAACACAAGAAAACAUGAGAUCAUAGGAUAA